GACUGUUCCAGAACUUCAGUAUCACCAUCUCACCUGCCGGAGCGCUGUGGUACAUUUAAGAGCCCGGCUACUCACUCCCCUUUCUACUCAUCUUUACCCAUGAGGUUACCGCUACUACUAACCCUUAUCGGGUUAGCAGUUGGUCAGGAUGAACGAAUUUGUGACAGUCGUGUUAACGGACUUUACCCAGUUGCACCAUGUUCACCCUACUACGACCAUUGCUUUAACGGGAUAGCCGCACGGAAGUUCUGUAAUGAUAAUCUGGUCUUCAAUCCAGAUAGUAACAUGUGCGACUUCGAUGGCAAUGUAAAAGGAUGCGCAAAUCGAAUAAAAAGGUCAUGCAUGAACAAGAAAGACGGGUUUUACACAAUCGGAUGCUCAUCCACUUACUUCCGUUGCGUGGAUGGGAAAAUCGUGAACAACCAAGUCGACCCGUGCCCAAAUGGACUCUUCUACGACAGCGAACGCAACAUGUGUGAUUAUAAAUGGCGAGUGCGAGCAUGCGGUGGAAAUCCAGAAUUAGAGAGUGAGCAGGUGACAAGUCCUCCGCUUGCAUUUGCGACGCAACAACCAGAAGUGGAACGAACCAUCUACACUGCAAAGAUCAGAGGACGAGGCCAUCAUCCAAGACAUUCUAAACCUACAACCAGUUGUCAUGGUAAGCCUGACGGGCCACACGCAGUGAGCAGCUGCUCCCAGCAGUACAUUACGUGCGCCAACGCUACGUCACAGCUGGCAGAAUGCCCUGAAUUCCAAGUCUUCAGCAGUGCAGAGCGCAAGUGCGUUCCGAUUGAAACUGUCCAUGAUUGCUCCGGGUCGAGUCACGCAUCCGAAAUCGACUGUACUUUCAAAGAAGAUGGAUACUACGGGCUAGGAUGCACAUCAAGCUUUGUGUUCUGCAGUGGCGGAAAAGCUUUAGCGAUGGAAUGUCCUACUUCUUUGGUUUUCAAUGAAAGGAAGGGGUACUGCGACUAUCAAGAGUCUUGUGCAGGAGUCAGCAGUUCGGGGGCUGCUGCGGUUGUUCACACACAACCUAUCGUUGAAAACUCCAAAUCCGUAUCGACUUCAUUUUGUUCCCUUCGAAAAGACGGUUUCUACUCAGAAGGCUGCACUAGUGAUUUCAUUUCUUGCGACCAUGGACAUGCCACUUCUAUGAAAUGUCCUCACGAUCUGGUGUUCAACCAAGAAAGGGGAUAUUGCGACCAUCGGGAGUCCUGCAGCGAGCAGCACGCAAAACCUUCACUUUCAACGGAUUCGAUGUCAAGUUCUGCUGCCGUCGAAAGUCCAGGAUUGAAGCACAGCUCCCAUUUCGAAGUGACUCAGAAGGCAGAGCUAGUCUCGACUGUAGACUGCGCGGGAAGAAGGGAUGGCUACUAUUCGGAAGGAUGCACCCCGGAAUUUACUUUUUGCAACGAUGGGAACGCAACUCCCCUGAAAUGUCCAUCUUCACUAGUGUUCAACAUGAAUAAACUGCGUUGUGACUAUGUCGAGAGUUGUGCGGCGGAAGCUCCAGGCGUUACAACCAGUGCACCAGUUCGAGCUGCUCCAGGAGUGACAGCUGUUUUUUGCGAUGGGAAAGAAAAAGGUUACUACUCGAAUGGUUGUACGCCUAAUUACGUGUUUUGCAACGAAGGGAUCGCAACGGCUAUGAGAUGUCCGUCAUCACUUGUAUUCAACCAAAAGAAAGGUUUAUGUGACUAUCCAGAGGAGUGCUCAGGAGAGAUAAACAUGCCUAAAGCUGAAGCAUUGUCACAGCCUCAACAACAUUCCACAUCACUUCAGUCGCAGACGGUUUUAAGUCCUGUUGACUGCGAAGGUAAGGAAGACGGUUAUUAUUCAAGUGGAUGCACGGCACACUUUGUCUUUUGCAAUGCUGGAAAAUCAACAAUGAUGAAUUGCCCUACUGGACUAGUAUUUAACGAACAAAAGGGGAAUUGCGACUAUCCCGAAAGUUGCAUUUCUGCUCCACCCAUCUUGGAGAAAACAGCAUCCGUGGUGACGGCUGCGUCUAUCCUGACUGCGGCACAUGAAAGCACCAUCGAUUGUAAGACGAAAGCUAAUGGUUACUAUGCACUCGGUUGUAGUUCUUCAUAUGUCCAUUGCCAUGACGGAAUUUUGACGACCUUGAAAUGUCCUUCUUCGCUAGUCUACAACGAAGAUGAGGGAAUUUGUGACUAUCCCGAGAAGAGCUGCACACCCAACCCUCAUCAUACGCAUGUUAGCCCUGAGGUGACCAGGCAUGAGAGUGUGCAGGUUGUAACAACUGCCAAACACCAGGCUGCUCUCGUGUCUCUUGGCGACAAGUUGGAUUGCAAUGGAAAGAAAGAUGGGUUCUAUUCAAGCGGCUGCGUUAACACCUAUGUUUACUGCGAGAAUGGUUUAGCAACUACUAUGAACUGCCCUCACACGUUGGUAUUCAACGAGAGGAAGGGCCGUUGCGAUUACUUAGAAACUUGUCAGACAGAGGUCAAAACAUCUUUGGCAAUACCAUCUCCCUUCAUCACUCCUGCCCCAACCGUGGAGAUACCAAAACCCGCUGCUCAAAAGUCUUUUGAAUGCAAGGGAAAAUCUAAUGGAUACUAUUCCCUUGGGUGCACACCUGACUACGUUGCAUGCAUUGAAGGAGUAGCCACUGCAAUGAUGUGUCCUUCUAAUAUGGUAUUCAACGAAAAGAAAGUAGCCUGCGAUUAUUUGGAAAAUUGCUUAAAAGCGUCAGUCGAACCAUCUUUGGCAGUUACUGCCACGAAUUCGGUGCAAAGUGUCGUUCAACAUACAGCAUCGCAAAUGACAUUAGAAAUUGAUUGCGUUGGAAAGAAGGACGGCUACUACUCCAAAGGUUGCUCCUCCACCUUCGUACUGUGCAAUGAGGGAGUGGCGGUGACGAUGAAAUGUCCUCCGACACUGGUCUUCGACGAGAAAAAAGGACAUUGCGACUACUUGGAAAACUGUUCGAAGAAUCUAGUAGGCCAUUCCGAAUCGGUACUCCCUACUGAAAGUGUGGCCAGUAAGACACCCGCGCAACCUGCUGCUGUGCCUACUCCGACGCCAGAAUCCGUGGAAUCCAAGAGCGUUCUUGCCCAUGCGAAGACGCAUACAAUAGAUGUUGACUGCUCCGGAAAAAAGGACGGAUACUAUUCCAGUGGUUGCACACCCAAUUUUGUCUUCUGUUCUGGAGGCGUGGGAACCACAAUGUCUUGUCCACCUUCAUUAGUCUACAACUCACAAAAGGGAAGAUGUGAUUAUAAGGAGAGCUGUUCUAUAAAAGUGGAGGCACAAUUAUCAUUAGAAGCCAUCUCUUCUACUGUGGCGCAGCCGAUACUGACAGCACCAGUUCCUGAUGCAUCUCCUGCCGUGUCUCAGCAAAAAAUGUUCGAUUGCAAAGGAAAGAUGGAUGGCUUCUAUUCAAGUGGAUGUUCUUCCAUAUUCUAUUUCUGUAGUGAAGGGAAAGCGACGCCCAUGAAAUGUCCAUCCUCGCUGGUAUUCAAUGCAAAGAAGGGGCAUUGCGAUUACGUCGAGAACUGCUUAGUGGAGGCUCCAGCAGCGCCAGCUAAAGAUGCUUCAACAUCUUCCUCACCUCCUCCGGCUCCUCCGGCUGCACCGUCUGGCCCUUCGCAGGUGAAUUGCGCAGGAAAGAAGGACGGUUACUAUUCAAACGGUUGCACUUCGGAAUUUGUACUAUGCAGCAAAGGGACAGCAACAACUAUGAGGUGCCCAGCUGCCCUAGUGUUCGAUGAAAAGAAAGGUCACUGUGACUACUUAGAAAACUGCGCACAAGUAUCACCUACGUUAGAAAUAGCCGCUGUGCUGCCAAGUUCACCUUCAGCUGCCCCUGUAGUGAAAGAAACCGCUGAGCAUGCGCAUUCUACAACGACCUUCCCUGUGAAUUGUUCUGGCAAGAAAGACGGGUACUAUUCCAAUGGCUGCUCGGUAGAGUUCGUGUUUUGCAGCGAAGGAAUGGCGACUGUUAUGAAAUGUCCAAACACGCUUGUGUUCAAUGAACGAAAAGGUUUUUGCGAUUAUGUGGAAAACUGUGGGAAAGGAGGACACACACAACCAUCAAUGACCAUCGAUUUACCUACACCUACAGUCCAGCAACAAAGCUUGAAGGCUGUGAAGCGUAUGGACUGCACUGGAAAGACAAACGGCUACUAUUCUAACGGUUGCACUGCAGAAUUCUAUCUUUGCAGUGAAGGGACGGCUGUCUCAAUGAAAUGUCCUACUCCACUUGUCUUCGAUCAGAAGAAGGGGCAGUGUGAUUAUCUAGAAAACUGCAACAAGGGGUCGAGUCCAAUGCCGCUAGCAAGUACAGUAUCGCACAAACCUCAAGCUACACUCGUGCCAGAUGUUGUCGACUGCACAGGAAAACCUAACGGAUACUAUGCGAAUGGCUGCUCGCCUUCCUUUGCGUACUGCCUGGAUGGAGUCGCGACACCCAUGAGAUGUCCUCCAUCUCUGGUGUUUGACCAAAAUACAGGGCAAUGUGAAUUCCCGGAGCGCUGCUCGACCAAGAUUCCACUGCCUGAAAAGGUAUCCGUGCCGCACCAGCCACCAGUGCCUAUGGUGCAACAACCCGCCCCUGCGCCUAUGGUGCAACAGCCCGCUCCUCUGCCUAUGGUGCAACAACCCGCUCCUGUGCCUGUGGUUCAACAACCCGCCCCUGCGCCUGUGGUGCAACAACCCGCGCAUGCGGUUCACCAGUCCACUGUGGUACCGACAGUUCAACAGGCCGCGCAUGUGACUGUAGGCCAGCACUCGGCAUCACCGACUGCACCAACUGCUCAUCCUCAGCCAGCUAGCUCGUUCGAUUGCUCUGGAAAGGAUGACGGUUACUACUCAAAUGGUUGCUCACCAGAAUUUGUGUUCUGUGCGGGAGGAGUCGCAACUCUGAUGAAGUGCCCUGCUUCUCUUGUGUUCAAUGCAAAGAAGGGACAGUGCGACUACUUUGAGAACUGCUCAAGGAUGCCCAUCACUCCCCAAACACAGCCUCCAAGACCGGUGCCUACAUUGCCUAAACUGUCGACCCAGUCAGCCGCAGUAGGAUCGCUGGAUUGCAGUGGAAAAAUAGAUGGCUUCUAUUCGCAUGGAUGCCAUUCAGAUUUUGUCCAGUGCAGCAACGGCGUCGCGAUAAAGAUGAAAUGCCCUCAACCAUUGGUUUUCAACGAGAAGAACGGUUAUUGUGACUACAUGGAAAAUUGCUCGAAGUCCAGUAAGCUCGAUACCCAGUCACUUCUGUCGCCCUCAGUGACACCUGCUCGGCCUGAGCCUACAUCGAUUAAAUCGAGGGUUGAAUGUGCAGGUCGUAGUGAUGGGUACCACUCGAGUGGAUGUACAUCUGAUUUUGUGUAUUGUCACGGCGGAGUCGCUACUGCAAUGAAGUGCCCGGCAUCGUUGGUUUUCAAUGAGGAAAAAGGAUACUGUGACUACAUGGAAAAUUGCAAGAAAACUGUCCCCGUAGCCACGCCAACCCAUGUGCCACCCCAGUCUCCACCAGCGGUACCACUUCCCACACAGCAACAUGCACAAUCGCCUUCUGGUACUGUGGACUGUGCAGGACGCCCGAACGGACAUUAUUCCAAAGGAUGCUCGAAUGACUUCGUUAUCUGUAGUGAUGGUGUGGCAACAGCUAUGAAGUGCCCGCCAAUGUUGGUAUUCAACGAAAAGAAUGGAUAUUGUGAUUACCCAGAAAGCUGUCAAUCUGGCGGUGCGGCAGUCGUUCACAAGCCUCCUACCUCUCAACAGUCUCCUCCACCGUCGUCAGAUCUUACAUGCUAUAAUCGUGAAGAUGGAUACUACUCGGAAGGAUGCUCUUCCGAAUUUGUCUAUUGUUCUGAGGGAAAGGCUUCAUAUUUCAAAUGCCCAGCGGGUUUGGUCUACGAUGAGAAGGCUGGAUAUUGCGACUAUUCGGAAAAGUGUGGUGGUAGAUCCGAAGCGGAGUCUGUUCUGAGACCAUCCAAGGAUUCAGCUGCCACUUUGACGUCAUCAGCAGACAAGCACAUUUGCAAAGGACGACCGGACGGGUACUAUUCUGAUGGUUGCUCGUCCGAAUUUAUUCAUUGCAGUGAUGGAGUCACGACUCGAUUGAGAUGCCCUUCCUCGCUAGUUUUCAAUCAAGAAAUGAACUACUGUGACUACCCUGAAGUUUGUUCUCCCGAAGAGGAACAGAGGCAUUCUGUCGCAGCACCACCUUCCAAACCGCAGAUCAGCUUUGUUUGCCCCGAGUCGACUGGAGUCUUCUCGCUUGGUUGCACGUCGGAGUUUGUAGUGUGCUCUCACGAUGUUGCGCAAGUAAUGACAUGUCCCGAAGGUUUGGUCUUCAACUUCGCUAAGGGGAACUGCGAUUACAAGGAGAAAUGUCAUGAAGGGAAAAAGGACAAGACUGCUGCAGACACACCUAUCCCAACGGCUGAACCAAGUACUUCUAGGAUCUCGAGCGAAUGCAAAGACCUUCCCGAUGGCAUGUAUGGAUCACACUGCGGUUCAUCCUUCGCUGUCUGCGCCAAUGGAGUGGCCUACACCAUGAACUGCCCUUCGGACUUGGUCUUCGAUGCUAAAACUAAUCGCUGUGUCUUCUCAAAAGAUUGCGGCGAGAAAUCAGCUGGGAAGAAACAUGGCAAGGCCACAGCUGCACUGCAUAGCCCACAGACCACACGAGACGAUUGCAUCGGUAAACCAGAUGGCUUGCAUUCUCUCGGAUGCGUUGGAGAAUUUUUGCAAUGCGUCGACGGAAGAACCUACAGUUUGCAUUGCCCUGCAGGGCUAGUUUUCGUAGAACGACUUGGUGUCUGUGAUGAGCCCUCCACCUGCAAACAGCUGCACAGGCCGAAGAAUGUAAGCAGUCCAUUGGCGUAUGAGCCCAUUGUGAGUUCUAGUCGUGAAGAUACAGAAUGCGAAGCUGAAGGAUAUUUUGCACACUAUUGUUCUGUGGAGUUCUAUAACUGUGUGCAUGGCAAGCUCUUUGCCGGAAAAUGCCCUGCUGGGCUGGUCUUCAAUUCUAACAAGUCUGUCUGCGAAAAUGUGGAGAGCUGUGCGGGCAUUACGGAAAGCAAACAGCGUUCGCCCACAACUCUAACAGUGCCUAAAACCGAAUUUAGCCAAGACAAUUCCUGUAAGGGUCGACCAGAUGGAGUGAUUAGUGACCUCGAUUGCCAGCCACACUUCACCACCUGCCUGGCUGGUACUGCUUUUGUUACAAACUGCCCAGCGGGACUCGUUUAUUCAGUGAAAGCAAAACUUUGCGAUUAUCCUAAUGUGUGUGGGAAGGAACAGCACUCCUCAGUAGCGCCUGUAGCUGAGCCUACACAAACGGCUGCUGUGCAUUAUCAGGAUACGGCAGUUGGAAAAGACUUGUGUGCUGGAAAGACCUCUGGUCCCCUAGAACACUCGAACUGUAGAUCAUCGUUCUCCUUCUGUGUUCAUGGAGCCCUUUACACCAUGAAUUGCGCCCCUGGAUUGCUGUUUUCAUUCGUGUCACACAGAUGUGAAUGGCCAUCGAUGUGCAAUAUAGCUCCAAAAAAUACUGAACCCGUACUGCCUCCUGCUUCCCAAAAAGUUGUAAUCACUACUUCCAGGGAUUUUCUGAAGGCAGAGCAUUGCACAGAUUAUGACUGCACGUCCUUGCCAGAUGGCAACUACCAGAUUGGAGAAUGCGUGGGACGUUUCGUGAUGUGCUCGAAUGGACGAGCGUAUGUCCAGUUCUGUCCCAGUGGACUCGUCUAUAAUCCCGGGAAAGGUUCAUGCGAUUACGAAUGCGGAAGCCAGGUAGCUGCAUCUCCAACCGAGGAGAAAUGUGUGUCGAAUCAAGCACUGAGACGCUGUUCGCCGAAAUUCAGGCGUUGCUCAAAUGGAAAGCUAGUACCUGCGCAGUGUCCUGGAUCUUCAACUUUCAACGAGGCUCUUUCCUUAUGUGUCUACGACCAGCCCGAAUGCCUACAGGAGGCUCCUGUGUCUAAUCCGCUGGAAUAUGAACCUGCAUAUCAGAUACCACAUGCUCAUCCACUUCCGAAGUCGUUCACUCCAGUGGCAUCACAAGUAGCUUCGCAUUCGCCGUACCUGCCAGUUCAGCCGCCUUACGCGCACCCAUUCCCACCGCAAAUUCAAUUUCUACCUAUGACAGUCAGCGACGACUUCUAUAGAAGAGAUAAGAUAAACAAGGGGACGAUUCCAUUCGAGAAAAGAUCCAUGAUCGCUGACCGACACCGCCAUUAUGUGAAAGAUGUCUUUGAUGGACACGCUAGCCCCUACCUCAUUCGAGGCAUAGAUCGCAUUUUCGUGCCCUAUUAUAAGAAGCACAGAAAACAUGGUCACGAUCGCGAUCGUAGCGGAUGUGGAGACUCUCAGGAUUGCUCCGAUGAACAGGACAUGAAUGUGCGAAGGCUGUUCGGUAACGAUCUGCACAAUGUAGAGCUUCCAGUGCCGAUUGAGGUGAGAAACAGGAACCAAGAACAAACAACAACAACACCAAUAAGUAAGAGUGCAGCUCGUAAUGCAGUGGUCAAGGAAACGUUAAGCAAUGCUGGUGCCGUAAAUGCUCAGUCACCCCUUCAAGGUGUAAGCCACCAAAAUGAGAAUGACGAGGUAGAGGACAUUGCCGAGGCAUCCGGUGAAGAGGUGAUAACAAGGCGAAAGCGAAGUUCUACUGUCACACAUAAGACAAAACAUGAUUAUUCAAUGUGCACCGCCAAAAGCACCUCGGAGUUUGUUUCGCUAGGAAAUUGCCAUCAAGACUUUAUCAUCUGCAGAGCUGCUGGUGCUGGAUUGAGAGCUGCAUGCCCUAUCGGCGACCUGUUCGAUGCUCAGCUAAAUAAGUGCGUGUCUUCACAGUUCUGUGGGGAAGACGCAUCGUACGAUGAGCCAUUGCUGCAAGAGCAGAAGAAACAAGUCAAACAAGACAUCACUGCUUCUACAAUGGCACCUCGUCCCCGCAAACCUCCAAUCUACAGGCCCCGCAAACGACUUGGGCAUCCAGCACACCACAAGACAACUACGCACUCUCUACUUGAGCACAGUCGACCAAUUCCCGUACAUCCGGUGCCCAUUCCGAAACCGCAUCCCGUGGAGCACACCACUGUGUCUCCAUCGCCCUCAUUGUCGGAAGCACAGCUUCCUUACGACUGCUCCACCAACGUGGAUUAUGCACUGGACUGUUCUGGUAACUAUGUGAGAUGUGCGAACGGCAUCGCUUACAGGAUGAAAUGUCCUCAGGGAUUGGUUUUCGAUCAGACUAGACAGUACUGUGACUACCCACAACAUGUAGCAGGAUGCAGUACCAGCCAAGCUCCUUCCCUUCUGCCGCAACCUAAACCUUAUCCGUAUCGACCGGAAGAAGAAGAGCCAAAGCUGGUUAGACCUGUGCUUUCGGCUCCAUCGCCGCACACUGCUAAUCGUCCAGAUUUAUGCACGUCAUCCCCAGACGGACUCCUUGGAGAGGGCUGCACCGCCUCCUUCAUAAUUUGUGCGGGUGGUCGCAUGCAAGCGUCUAUGAAUUGUCCAGCUGGUACCUUCUUCGAUGCAACUCGUAAGACCUGUGAUUUCAAAGAAAGGGUAGUUGCUUGUGGUGGAUCGCUUGAUGAGCCUACUCCAUCGGUGCAUUCCCCCGUCGUGGCUAGAACCACAACGCCUGCGAGUGUGCAUGCCCAUAGCUGUGCGGCUCCGCUGCAGCCGCUUGGGCGCUGCUCGUCGAAAUUCGUUGUCUGUUCAGAUGGAAAACUCAGCGAAUUCCACUGCUCCAACCCGCUCGUAUUCAAUCCGCUUACGAUUACUUGCGACUUCCGAGAGUUCGUAUCCGAAUGCGCCGAGUACAAGGGCGCAGACGCUCCUACCACGCAGGUGGUAACUACCACUGUGCAAACGACGUCCACAACCGAGCCUCCUAAAUGCGUAUUCAAUGAGAAGAGACAGACAUUCGCCCUCGACUACUGUGCGCGGAAGUAUGGACUGUGCUCAAAGCGUGGGGUACUAGAACGUGCUGAAUGCACUGUCGGAUUCUUGUUUGAUGCACACCUCAGCACGUGUGUCCCCGCCGAGCAAUGUGGACAGCGAAAAUUGGAGGCUGUCCUCAACAAGGUAGGAAAUGUCAUUUUUUAUACAGUAAAUUCAUGUAUGUUCUGGAUCACCAUUGCUCCGCCAAAGGCUGCUGCUCUCGUGGACAAUGCCGAAUCAAAGGUAAUUCAUAAGAAAGACGAGAGAUGUCGCGGAUCCGCCGACGGCACUACGAAGUCUCUCGGUCGCUGUCGCUCCACUUACCUCAGAUGUGUCGGGGGAGAGGCACACAUCGAGCCCUGUCCCGCUGGAGAAGUCUUUUCUGCAGUAUCCAAUGCUUGUGCGUCGCGAGCUACUGCUCCAGAAUGUCAUACACAACAGAAAAUAGUACAUACCUACGCGUCAGCUUCCGUGGAAUCAAAUGAUCUGUCCAUGUUCUGCAAAGUGCGAAGUGAUGGACUAUACAGAAAUCCUUCCGAUUGUACGGGAAUCCUUCAGUGCUUCGGUGGAGACGUAUAUGAGUACCCGCCUUGCUCAUCUGGAUUAGUGUUCAACGAAGCUAAGAGCAAAUGUGACUACAGAGACGCGGUACCGGAAUGUAAAUCAUCAUCCGCUGUAGCAGAUGAGAUGAAAGGCUGUCGAGGAGCAAACCAUGGUGAACUGAUACCACAUGAGAGCAAUUGUCAGUAUUUCUAUCGAUGUUCGUGGAACCACUUGGAGAAGAUGCACUGCCCCUCAGGAACAGUCUUCAAUCCAGAUUUCUCGGUUUGCGACUAUCCAGCAAAUGUGCCGCAAUGUGCGAAACGUAGAUAAGCAUAGACAGAUAGUUUAGUACUUGAUGUUAGAGUCAUGCUAACCAAUGAUAUUGAGACGUUAAUCCCUGUGCUCGAACUCGGUGGGAACUGUGAUACUUUGUGAUUAUUGCUUGUCAUCUGUAAUAAUAAUUGUUUACUUUUAACAAUGCUGUUUUACUGUUUUAUGUUCUUUUUUCAAGUAAAUCAAAUUUAAAUGAAAUAUUGCUAUA